AUGGAGUUUGCAGCAGUGAUGGAGUUGUCAGGACUGCAGAAGCAACGAAGUUCUUACAUACCCGAGCUCCCUCUUUGCCUUCAGUGUUACUUAAAACACUACAGGAUUGGAGUUAUUUUCUGUGGACGCCAAUCUCCAGGAGGACAUAAUAUUGUAUGUGGACUUCAUGAUGCUAUCAAGUCUCACAACCCCAAGAGUACAUUGCUUGGAUUUUGUGGGGGUACUGAAGGAUUAUUUUCUCAGAAAACUAUAGAAAUCACAGAAGAUAUUGUUUUGUCAUAUCGUAAUCAGGGUGGUUAUGGCAUGCUGGGUAGAACAAAGGAUCAGAUCAGAACAAGUGAACAAGUAAAAGCGGCAUUGGAUGCUUGUGAAGCAUUGAAGUUAGAUGGGCUUGUGAUCGUUGGAGGGAUUAUAUCUAAUACUGAUGCAGCUCAACUUGCUGAGACAUUUGCCGUAGCAAAAUGCCGAACAAAGGUAGUUGGUGUUCCUGUUACCAUAUAUGGGGAUCUGAAGAAUCAGUUUGUUGAAGCAAAUGUUGGAUUUGAUACAACCUGCAAGGUGAAUGCUCAACUUGUCAGCAAUAUAUGCACUGAUGCGCUGUCUGCAGAAAAGUAUUAUUAUUUUAUUCGAGUUAUGGGAAGGAGAACAUCUCAUGUUGUCUUGGAAUGUGCACUCCAAUCUAAUCCAAAUAUGUUUAUCCUCAGUGAGGAGGUUGCAUCUUCAAAGCUCACCCUAUUCGAUAUAACAAAACGAAUCUGUGAUGCAGUUCAAGAUAGGGCAGAACAAGACAAGUACCAUGGGGUCAUUCUUUUGCCUGAAGGGCUUAUUGAAAGCAUACCAGAGGUUUAUGCUCUCUUGCAGGAAAUACACCAAUUACAUAAGAAAGGGGUUUCUAGUGACAACAUUCCAGCACAACUGUCACCUUGGGCAACUGCAUUUUUUGAGUUCUUGCCACCAUUCAUUAGAAAGCAGGUUCUUCUUUCCCCCGAAUCUGAUGAUUCUGCACAGUUAUCUCAGAUAGAAACAGAAAAACUUUUGGCUCAACUAGUUGAAACAGAGAUGAACUUGAGAUCGAGGGUUGGCACAUACAGUGGGAAGAAAUUCAAUUCUAUUUGCCAUUUCUUUGGGUAUCAGGCUAGAGGAUCACUUCCAUCGAAGUUUGACUGUGAUUAUGCUUAUGUUCUCGGACAUGUAUCUUAUCAUCUUCUUGCAGCUGGUGUUAAUGGUUAUAUGGCCACAGUGACCAAUCUUAAAGAUCCUGUGUGUAAGUGGAGUUGUGGAGGUGCUCCCUUAACGGCCAUGAUGACAGUAAAGAGGUCGCAGGGCCCUGGGGCUUCAUCAAUUGGAAAACCAGCCAUUCAUCCAGCUCCUGUAGAUUUGAGAGGAAAACCAUAUCAAACGUUGGUCUUUAAUGGCGAGAAGCUCUUGAUGGAUGAUCUCUACCGAAAUCCAGGGCCCAUUCAAUUUGAGGGACCAGGCUCUGAUAGCAAAACCAUUACUUUGUGUAUUGAAGACCAGGAUUACAUGGGGAGAAUAAAAGAGUUGCAAACUUACAUUGACAUGGUAAAGAAGUUGGUGAAACCUGGUUGUUCACAAGAUGUAUUGAAGGCAGCCGUUAGUUCCAUGGCUUCAGUGGUUAAUAUCCUCUCUCUUAUGUCACCCAGUACAAAAGGCCAGUCCUCACUAUGAGUUGAUCUUCACUUCUUGUCACCGAAAUAAUGAUUAGUCAUUAUUAUUUGGAACUGAACUGCCUGUCUACCACUUGUUUGUUGAAUGGUGGAGAUGGAGGUUUUCCAACAUAAUGUCGGAAAGACUGCAGCAACUAUGUGUUUGUAGAUCUUUCUUCUACAUAAUUAAUGAUUAAA